UGCUAGUUAAAUAUAGAAAGGCGUAUCUCGCCCGAUAGGGCAAAAGAAGGAAUUAAUAUCUGACGAAACCCGAAACCACCGCACCUCCUUGUCCUCUCUCCCUUUCUGCAAUUCUCUCCUACCCCGUAAAAAAUAUUACGCCGCCGCCGCCGGAGAAGAAAAUCACUAAUCCCGUGACGAUGGCGGCGCAAAACAAACCCAUAAAGGCGGAGGAUCAAACCACCGCCGCCGCAACCACGACUCCGCGGCCAAACAAACCCAUCAAGACGGAGCCCAAAACCAUCACCGGCGAAGUGAUCGGAAUCGACCUCGGGACCACCUACUCCUGCGUCGCCGUCGUGCGAAACGGCGCCGCCGAGAUCAUCCCGAACGACCAAGGCAACCGGACCACCCCUUCCUGCGUCGCCUUCACCGCCGCCGCCGGACGGCUCAUCGGCGACGCCGCCAAGAACCAGGCCGGCCUCAACCCCCGGCGCACCAUCUUCGACGCCAAGCGCCUCAUCGGGAAAAAAUUCCACGACGCGGACGUCCAGACCGAUCUCAAGUACCUCCCCUACCCCGUCGUCGAAAACGGCGAGAAACCCCACGUGGCGAUCGAAGGAGUCAAACCGUUGACCCCCGAGGAAGUCAGCGCGAUGAUCCUGCGCAAAAUGAAGGAGACCGCGGAGACCUACCUCGGGACGGAGGUAAACGACGCCGUCGUGACGGUCCCGGCCUACUUCAACGACGCGCAGAGGCAGGCCACGAAGGACGCGGGCCGGAUCGCGGGCCUGAACGUGGUCCGGAUCGUCAACGAGCCCACGGCGGCCGCCAUAGCGUACGGUUUCAACGAUCGGAAGCGGAAGAGGCGGGGCGAGGAGUGGAGGAAGAGGAAGGUGCUGGUGUACGACCUCGGCGGCGGGACGUUCGACGUCAGCGUGCUGGAGAUCGAGGGCCGCGAGUUCCGCGUGCUGGCGACCGGCGGCGACACGCACCUCGGCGGCGGCGACUUCGACCAGAAGGUGGUGGAGUUCUUCAUCAAGCUUGUCAAGAGAAAGUACCACAAGGUGGAACCAGUAGCAGGAGGCAGCUCUGUCGCUGACGUGGAUGAUAUCGGUGACGACAGCAGAGCUCUAGGGAGGCUGCGCGUGGAAUGCGAGAGAGCGAAGAGGCUCCUAAGCAGUCAGACCCAGGCGAGGGUCGAGGUCGAUUCCCUGUUAAGGGGAAUCGACUUCUCGGAGGUGCUGACCAGAGCCAAGUUCGAGGAGCUGAACUUGGCCCUGUUCAGGAGGACGGUCGAGAUCGUGAAGAAGACGCUGAAAGACGCACGACUCGAGAAGAGCGAGGUCGACGAGAUCGUACUGGUGGGAGGGAGCACGAGGAUCCCGAAGGUGAGGGAGAUGCUGAAGGAGAUGUUCGACGGGAAGGAUCCGAGCCAGGGCGUGAACCCUGACGAGGCCGUGGCUUGUGGCGCCGCCGUUUUGGCGGCCAACAUGAGGUGCCGAAACGACGCCGCCACGGAGAUGACUUUGUUCGACGUGACGCCGUUGAGCUUGGGGUACACCGCCGUCGGUGAUGUGAUGAGUGUAAUGGUUCCGAGAAACACUCCUAUCCCUACAAAGGUGUCGAGGAUUGUUGCCACCGUCGUUGACUGGCAGACCAAUUUCUCCAUCCAGGUACUUCAAGGUGAAAGAGUAAGUAAGCAGGAUUGCCUUGUGCUUGGAAGCUUUAUUCUACCGGACAUUCCAAAGGCUAAACGCGGUGUUUCCACGGCGGAGCUAACAUAUGACGUCGACGUGGACGGAAUACUCACCGUCACCGCGAAAAACAACGCUGCGUCGAAGAACUCCGAAACCCUAGUUUUGGAAAACUACAAAGGCAACCUGACGGCGGAAGAGGUCGAGAAGAUGGUGGUGGAGGCGGAGCAGAUGGCCAAGGACGACCGGAAGGUGAAGGAGCGCGUGGACGCGCGGAACCGGCUGGAGAGGUACAUCUACAACGUGGAAGGGGCGGCGCGUGACAAGACGAAGAUCUAUUGGGAUGAAGGCGACAAGAGGAAGGUGGAAGAUGCACUGGAAGAAGCCGGGAAGUGGUUGGACAACGACACGUUGAGCGGCGCGUCGUCGGCGAAGGAAGAGUAUGAGACGAGGAUGGGGAAGCUGGCGGAGCUAUGGGACUCUGUUAAGAGCAAGGUUUAUGUUCUUGUCGAUGACGAUUAGCUGGUGUUUAGUGGGUGGAUCAUUAUGAUGGUAAUAUAAUCUACUGUUAUUAUCCUUGUUUGGUUUGAUUCAUAUACAGGGUUUGCUCUAGGUGUUUAUGGUUAGAUGACCAACAAUAAUUGUCUUCCAGUGUUUUUAGUUGUUUGAUAAUUCCAUGUGGAUGCUUGUUAAUUUGUUAUGGUUGCAUCAUUAGAGAUAUAUGGAAUAUAUUCUGUUAAUCCGAGCUAGGAGCAAAGAAAGAUUCGAGGUAGAUAUGUGGAUACGCUAUCUAGUAAGAUAUCAUCUCACUCUGUAGAAAUUAUAAUGGUUCCAAGUAAUAAAAGUUGAAAUUGGAUCGAACAAUGAGUUCAAUUUGAAUUAGAUCCGAGUUAAUUGUUAAUCUCAAUUAGUAUAAUAAAUGAUGCAUGAAGGUGGAUAAUCUAAACAAAAUAUUUACGAGGAUUUGAAAGAUUAACCAUUAUAUAUGCUAACGUCUCUAAGAAAAAAAAUAACAUUAUAUGCUAACGUUGUUCAAAACUUUUAUUAGGAUGUUCCGAAGAGCUUGAUUGUCAAAUCUUUUGGGAGGAAAACAACGCUCGAUUUGUUUGGACUGUAGAGUUUAGUGAUCGGCCAUUUAGUAUGCCAUUGGCUUUAGCCACAUGUAUAGCUUUUGGUGAAUUUUAGGCCCACUAGUGCAGGCUUUUUAUCAGGUUGGAAAGCAGCAAAGAAAAGAGAAAACUGUCCAUCUCUUUCUACCCAAGCCCAUAUAUUAAUGGACUAAACAUAUACGAGAUGUGGAAGGUGUAACAAAAUAAGAUGGAUGGGAUAAAGGAUGAUUUCGUUUGGUCAUCUUGUUGGAUGGUGUAGGUUUGAAUCACGGUUUAAAGAUGAAAGAUAUGUUAAAAUUAAGAAUUGGAUCAAUAAUGUAUUCGAUCCAAUUUGGUUUUUUUAGUUUGGUUCAAAUGUCAAUUUGCUCUAUUUUUCUUCAAUAUUAAUAAAAUUCAUGAGAUCAAAGACCAGAUCACAUAAUAUGCGAUCGAUAUGUCCAGUUCAAACAUCAAUUUGUUCUAAUAUGUCCAAUUCAAACAUCGAUUUGUUCCGGUGCGAUCAUAUACUGACCAACCCGUUGCACACCCUAGAUGAUUAAUCACAGCUGUUGGACUGACAUGCUAAUAGUUUGGGGGGGGUGGGGGUGGGGGUGGGUUGAAAAGGAACCAUGAAGGUGUAGAAAGGGGCAGGUUCUCAACUCUUAUAAUUGUGUUGUUAGGGGUAAUUGUGUUGUUAGGGGAUUUGAUUUAUAUUCAUGAGAAUGAUUUAUCUUAUGAUCAGGGGUUUAUCACUUCACAUGUAAAAAAAUCUCCAUCUGCUUAUUUCUUUUAAUGCAGUUUUUUUCCCUGACUUUUGGAAUCGGUUGAAUGACCACUUGAUGAAUGAUGGUUUAAGUGUGUACAUUCGAAAUGAUUUAAUUCGUGAAAAGCGACUAAUUUAUUUUACAAACCUUUCAGAAUAUGAAAAUUCGUUGUGAUUCACUGUAAAAUAUAAUAAAAUUGUUAAUUUUAUGAAUUAAAAUUUUAUAUCUAUUAACUAUUUUUUUUUUCGUCUGGUAAACCAACGAAAGAAUCAUGGGUCUGCCACGACUUACAUAGUUACAUGUCAUACUCAUACUUGAAAGGGGUCAACCCUACCCUAAUAGCCUUAUUAUUUCACUGACCCCAAUUUAACCUAAAGUCAAUAAUAUUAUCAUUCUUAAUUUCUCGGAUUAGAGAAUUAAACCGGUAGCAAUUAAUUAAGUCCGAUCGAGACACACACCCCAUGACUUAAACGCCAUAUUUACGCGUUGUGAAAUUUUGACUUAUGGGGUUGAGUCUACUCACUACUGCUUUCAUCACCAUCAGUAGUUUACAAAAAUAUUAGGUGAAGAUUACAUCAUUACUUAAUUAAUCAAUUAAUUAAAUCUUAAACAACCCAACUUAAAUAAAGUAAAAACGUGACA